CAUCUUGCUUUCAACCACACCCUACAUGUCAUCCAUUUAAUAAGUUACUGAGUUGAACAAAGUAUUCAUCCCAACGUCUUUUUUUCGUUUUUUGCUUUCCGUUUGUUCAUCAUCACUUUAACAUUUACUUUCUGUCGUUAUCUUUCUCUCUUUCUCUCUUUGUUUUUUAUUAAUUCUUUUUUCUCUCUUGUCUGUCAUAUUAAAUCAGUUGAAUUUUUUUUCAUUCAUCUUUCUAAAUUUCGUUGACAUUGUUAUAUUUCUUUGUUCAUCUAAUCAACUAAAAAAAAAUGCGUGAAUGUAUCUCAAUCCAUGUUGGCCAAGCUGGUGUCCAAAUGGGCAACGCUUGUUGGGAAUUAUAUUGUUUGGAACAUGGUAUUCAACCUGAUGGUCAAAUGCCGAGUGACAAAACCAUCGGUGGUGGUGAUGAUUCAUUCAACACCUUCUUCUCCGAAACUGGAUCUGGUAAACAUGUACCCCGUGCUGUAUACGUGGACUUAGAGCCAACUGUUGUUGAUGAGGUUAGAACUGGUACUUACCGGCAAUUAUUCCACCCGGAACAAUUGAUUACUGGUAAAGAAGAUGCUGCCAACAACUAUGCUCGUGGUCAUUAUACUAUUGGUAAAGAAAUUGUUGAUUUGGUGCUUGACCGAAUUAGGAAACUUUCCGACCAGUGUACCGGUCUUCAAGGUUUCUUGAUUUUCCACAGUUUUGGAGGUGGUACUGGUUCUGGUUUCACUUCACUUCUUAUGGAAAGAUUAUCCGUUGAUUAUGGAAAAAAAUCAAAAUUGGAAUUCGCCAUUUACCCCGCCCCUCAAGUGUCUACUGCUGUUGUUGAACCUUACAACAGUAUUUUAACAACUCAUACAACCCUUGAGCACUCUGAUUGUGCUUUCAUGGUAGAUAACGAGGCUAUUUAUGAUAUUUGCCGGCGAAAUCUUGACAUUGAACGGCCAACUUACACUAAUCUCAAUCGCCUUAUUGGCCAAAUUGUUUCAUCCAUCACCGCAUCCCUCCGAUUUGAUGGUGCAUUAAAUGUUGAUCUGACUGAAUUUCAAACUAAUCUUGUCCCCUAUCCCCGAAUCCAUUUCCCCUUAGUUACUUAUGCUCCUGUUAUCUCUGCUGAAAAAGCUUACCAUGAGCAAUUGACUGUUUCUGAAAUCACAAAUGCUUGCUUCGAACCAGCUAAUCAAAUGGUUAAAUGUGACCCUCGACAUGGUAAAUAUAUGGCUUGUUGUCUUCUUUACCGAGGAGACGUUGUUCCCAAAGAUGUUAAUGCUGCCAUCGCUGCUAUUAAGACAAAGAGGAGUAUUCAAUUCGUUGACUGGUGCCCAACAGGUUUUAAGGUUGGAAUCAACUAUCAACCUCCAACUGUUGUUCCUGGUGGUGAUCUAGCUAAAGUUCAACGAGCAGUCUGUAUGCUAUCCAAUACUACAGCUAUUGCUGAGGCUUGGGCUCGACUUGAUCACAAGUUUGACUUAAUGUACGCCAAGAGAGCCUUCGUUCAUUGGUACGUUGGUGAAGGUAUGGAGGAGGGCGAAUUCUCUGAAGCUCGAGAAGAUCUUGCAGCUCUCGAAAAGGAUUACGAAGAAGUGGGUCUCGAUUCAAAUGAGGCUGGUGAUGAUGAGGGAGGCGAAGAAUUUUAAAAUCUACAAUCUAACUAACAAUCUAAAAAAAAUUUUAUUGCUACUGCAACAACAACCAACCAAAAACAACGUUGUACUAAGAAAAAAAAAAUUCACCUUCAUCCCAAAAUUUAACAUCUAAAAAAAAUAAAACAGAAACAAAAUAAGAUCUCUGAACACCAUUAAAAAAACGAGCCAUUCCCCCCACACACCACCACCACCACCACACACACUACAUAACAUACCAGUAAAAAAAAACAUUGAAAAAAUUGGUUGGGCCAUUUGGUUUUAAAAAUGAAAAUGAUUUGUAUUCUCCAAAUAAGUAAAUAAAAUGAUAAUGGUACGUAAUAAAA